AUGUUCUGGUUCGAGACGGCCGAGGUUUGUCUCUGCUCGUUUCCGUUGUUCAUCCUCUAUAUUCGGGUGUUGUACGUGUUGGCCAGGCGAAGGGCUAGUUUCGCCUCGCAUUUCUAUACAAUCAUGCUUGUGGGAGGCGUUUUUGUAAGUUGUUUAGGAUGCGAUUUGGUGUGUUGCUUCGCAAUAAUUUAGUCUAUUCUUUUUUUUUGGUCCGUGCCCAGAGUUUUGGCUGCACACGCGAAGCGCUUCAACUGCGACACUCAAAUUUUGAUGAAACUGGGCCUAGAUUUAGAAUAAAUUUUUUUACACUGUAGUGCAACACAUUGCAAAAACUAUCAGUCUGGCCGAAAAAGAACCGGCCUCCCCGAACCCUUCCGUCGCACUCACUCCAACCCCCAAUUUGCAUCGCGGAGAAAUUUGGAGGGCGUCGCCGAAAGAAAGAGCAAAAACAACGCAUCGCCAGCGAUAAAAGUGGGUUUUGCACAGUGCAAAUGCCCUUUUUCUGCUUUUUCGCACUGUGCAAUCAACAAAAUUCCCACAAAUUCAGCGAUCUUUCGAUGUCGCGCGCACUUUUGCGAUGCAUCGCGAAAACAUUCAAUUUCGAGGUUGCGAUUUCGAGGCGCGAGGGGGGCCGGUUCUUUUUCGGCCAGACUGAUAAAAAAAAUUUUCAUAGCGCUUUUUCAAUUCAAAUGUUCAUUUUGGCUUACAAUCGGCUUUUGGAAGAUCUGAAAUUGCUUGCCGUAGGCAAGUUUAGUUUUUUUAUCAGUCUGUUAGGAAAAUAAUGGGCACAAAUUUCGCUGCGCCCAUUGCGUCGCUGAAGUGAAAAGUGAUUUGACUUUCUCGCGACACAAACAACACAAUUCAUUUCCCCGGCGGCGAUGCGAUGCGAUUGCGACAAAACUUUUUGGUUGCGACAGAACGCUCAUUAUUUUCAUGACGGACUGAAGUGUCCGCUGUGCACGGGUUUCAUUAUAAUUUUGAUUGAUUGUUGAUACUUCUGCUUUUUUCAUCUUUUCAAAAAUCUACAUGCAUAUUUAACCCUUCAAUCACAAAAACCAUUUUCAGGACGUGCUGGGCUGCUCCUUCUACCUGGUCCUCAUCCGCCUAGUCAACACGGACUGGUUUGUUAAUAACAUCAUGUCGUCAGUCAUGAAAAAGUUCACCUUCUACGGGACGCCCGUAAUCUACCUCGAAUACCAUUGCAUGUACACGGCGCAGAUCUCGCCGUUGGUCAUGGCUUUCAAUCGGAUGUGUAGCUUGUGUUUUCCGCUUAGGUAUGACCGGGUAAGUGGUUUCAUUUUUGGUGUGCAUAAUUUAUUGGGAAAGGCUAAAAACGCAAUUUUUUGUAUGGAUAGAAGGAGCGAUUCGUUUUUUUUUGGAUUGGACUUUAUAAAUGUCAAGCAAAAAAAGAAGUGUGAGGGUUUGAAACACAUUCUUUAUGUACAAUUUCUUUUUUUUUUUUGCACCGUGCUUUUUGGGGCUGCCGCUCGCACCAUGACUUUUUUCGCACACUGCAAAUGGCAAAAAUCUGUCAGACGCCUUUCUGGAAGGAUCAUUAUUGCAUCAUAAGUCUGUCGGGAAAAUAAUGAGCACCCUGUCGCACCGAAAAUCGCAUCGCCAAAAUGAAUUAUUUCGCGGCAAAAUCACAUUGAUUUUCACUUUUGUUUAGUGACGCGAACGGCGCAGCGACAUUGCGCUCAUGAUUUUGUAGACAAAUACGUACAUUCGAUGGUGAAAAAACGGAGUGGGCGAGAGAAAAAUAAGAGGUUUUCGAAAUCCGAAUUUGUUAGUAAAUAUUUUUAAUUUUCUUUUUAAAAACCGUGUGGGCAGGGCACAGGUGCCGUUUUUGACGUCGGCAAACACUAAUAAAAUAAAUUUUAAUCCAAUUUACAUAAAAAACAUUAUUCGAAAUUUUUUAAAAUUCUGGUGGGCCUCAUUGUUAUAAAAAUUUUAAGGCAAAAUGCACAGAAAGAUGGUCUGAACAGAAAGUGCACAAUGUAAAAAGGGGCCAAAAGCUUUAAGCGCCGAUACAAGUCUCUAUCAACCUGUCGGGAAAGUAAUGUGGAUUUGUUGCGCCUCGCAUAUCAUCUUUGCGACGGCUUGCCGCGGCGGAUUCGGUGCGCGACUGCGACGAGGCGAGACAUUUUGCUGCUACAAGUCCACAUUAUUUUCCCGACAGACUGAUGGAUGUUGACUAAUUUCAUUGAAAGGGAAAAGGGCGGAAGUCGGAUCUAACGCAGAGUAUGUCGGGGAAGUAAUGUGGCCUGAGAAGCGCCCAUCUUGUCCGAUUCCAUCGCAGCUCAGACUGAAAUCCGAAAAGAAAUAACGAGAUGGCUGGUGGUCUUGCGGUGGUUUCUGCAGGCGACUACCUUCAACAACUUCUACCUGAAAUUACUUGGCCUUCCAAGUGGAAGGUUGCUGAUGUGCGGGUAGUCGAUGCUAUUCGUUCCCCUAGGAUCAACGCGAGAAUAAAGAGCGAUCCACGUGAAUAAAUGAAUUUAUCGAGAAUAGUAAACAAUUAAUCAAACCUCAGAGAAGGUUACGGUGUCGUGAUUCAGGCGGUUCGCUUCGGUAUCUCUCCAUCGAACGUUCUCGAACAUCGGGGAAAAACAACUGGGGAAACAGUUGACACGGGGCGACAUCUCUCUCUCUCUCUCUCUCCAUAAAUUCCAUCGAGUUGACAAAUUGCAGAUAACUCCAAAUUCAAUGGAAUCUGACACAUCUUCUGUUAACCAAGCGUUCUUAACCUGUUCAUUUCAGAUUUGGAAACACUGGAAGCCAAUUCUCUUUGUCUGCUACGUGAUCCUCCCAUUUUCCUUUGCCUGGUACAUCCUCCUGAAUCGCUCUGGAUUCACAUUCGAUGUAACGCCAUUGUGGUUCAACUACAGUGGGUAUGAUUACGACCACACCUAUACUUUUGGGGUAUGCUUGGAAUAUAUAAAUUACAACCAAAUCUGCUGUGAUUUAGAUCAUGGACGCCGUGGUCACGUUAUACUUAUCGCUCGGCUGCGCCGUUCUUGCGUUUUGUCUUAACUUGGUCAACGUCUGCAUGCUGAUUCGCCACAAAAUGAAAGGAUACGUGACCGGGAAGCGCGAGGCCAACCUAGUUAUCUGCUCCACGGUCAUAUUCUUCGUCCAAUGUUGUGUAGUUUUAGGGCAGGUGAGUUAUAUGCACUCAUGCUCAAGAAAUGUAACAAAAUUAGUAUUGGCGGAAGUCUUAUACGUAUAAAUAAAGGUCAUAAGAAAAAGUGAAAAGAUAAAUAAGAUUUUUUGAUAUGACGUCAUUUUGAGCAAAAGAUGAGAGAAAGAUUUUAAUAAAUUUAUCAAAUGUUUUUAGCACAUUUACAUGAGUGGUGCCUUCAAUAUCUACGUGACUCUACGAUUUAUUAUUCCGCCAACAUUGGAAGCUCAAUUUGUCUUCCCCGCUUUGGUCAUCGUCUUAUCGAUUGGGUCGCUAAGAGAGGUGGUCUUCAGCCCGCUCUUCAAUUCUCGGCCAAUUAUCACGUUUAGCAAUUUCCAGUCAAAGUAAGUCUGCCAUUUUGUUGCCACGUGCACCGUUUUUAUCAGUCUGUCGGGUAAAUAAUGUGGAUUCGUCGCGCCUUGGAAUGGCCCAUCGUUGGUCUGCGACGGCUAGCGGCGGUUGGGGAUUUGAUGCGCGACAGCACCUUUUUCGACAAGGCGAAACAGUGCAAUAGGCUUUUUUGGGCUGUCGCCCGCACCCUGAGCUUUCGUGCGCAGUGCGUGUCGCCAAAAUCAUUCCAGCGACUUUACGAACGGACCAGUAAAAAGCGCUGAUUAUCAGUCUGUCGGGAAAAUAAUGAGUACAAUGCCGCUGUGCCUAUUAGUCGCUGAAGUGAGAAGCAAUUUGAUUUCGCCGCGACAAAAUGAACUUCCUCGGCGGCGAUGCGAUUUUUGAUGCGAGAUUGAGCUCAUUAUUUCUCCUACAGACUGAUAUAGUCCCUUAUGAAACCGCGCAAUUUCAGAGUUGCAACACGCACAAUUUUUCUAAACUAAUUUGAGUCCCGUACUUCCUGAAAUACUAAAAUUCUGGGACCUCUGGAAUUGUUGAGAGGUAACACAGCCAUUACAGCUUAAUCGAGCUUAAUGUUUCAGCAGUAUCACACCGAUCGAAGCCUUUGAAUCCAUUGUGGUCCCGAAUAAUGCGGUUGCCGCAUACAACAACAGGAGCGUCUAA